AGUUUUAUCGAACCUACAUAAUCCAUAAAUGAAAUGGAUUGCAAAAAUUAUUCAUUUGGCUUCAAACUAUAAAAACCUAAGCUUGUUAUUUUUGUCUGUCUUUAAUUAUGGCACGAAAAAUAAGUUUAGUGAGUUUAUUACUGGUUGUUUGGAAUUUAAAUGUUUCAGUUGGAUAUAAAUGGGAAAACGUUAAAGAAGGAACUGAACUUCCAAGCAACAUUAUAAGUCUAACUGAUGGCACACCACCGUACGUUGGACGUAUUUUUAUUUCAAAUCUAAUAAUACCCGCGGAAGUUUACAACAGUUCAUAUGCUGUUGCAUUCAAUCCAAAUACAAAAACCAAAUUUUCCAGAAAAAAAUUCCAAGUUUUAACAGCUUCAGAAAAUUGUCAUUGGCAAUAUUUUGGAGAUUUUCCUGAUGUUCCUGAGAACGUAGUUCGUGUUGGAAGAGCAUGGAAUAAGGAACCAAUUUAUUUAGGUAGAACUGCUUCCUACAAAAUUGGUUCUAUUCUAAUGACUUCAAAGAAAUUUGUAGCUGAACAAUUUAGUUUUAAAACUGAUGCCUUAUCUUGUGAUGACAAUAAGAUAUGGAUUGAAACUGAAUAUUUAGAAACUCCAAAAAAUGCAAUAGAAAUUAAUAAAAAUCAAUUUGUUGCCAGAUUAUAUGGUCCAACACAUUUUAUACCAGCAUCUCUCAGUAAAAUAUCAUAUGAUUGUUCAACAAACUAUAACAACAUAAAAAUCAAUGCGUUGAGUUGUGAAGUUUUAGUGGGAAACUCAAGCUUAAAUGAAUACAGCUGGAAAUCACCUGGACAAUUCGAAAAAAUUCCCCAAUAUGCUGUCGUUGUAGGACGUACAGAAAACGAUGAGUUUAUGUUUGCUUUAAGAGAUCACUUUAAAUCAUUUGCUAGUGCAACUUUUUCUGAACUUGUCUCAGUUGAAUAUAAUUAUGAAAUUUUGGUUAAAAAUGCUGUUUAAAAAUUUUUACAUGGAAAAUAAUUACAUAUACUGUUUAGAAAGUUGUAUCAAAGAAAAUUGUAAAUUAUUUUUUUAUAUAUUUGUACAAUAAUAUUUAAAAACAAUUCAAAUUGCAUAUGCUGGUCCAAAAAUUAUGUAUGAAAUAAAUAAUUAUAGUACAGAAAACCAAUAAAAAAAUUGUUAC